AUGGAAGGCCCCAUCUGCCUAAUUGAAAACAAAGAGAAUGGAAAUCUUGUGGUGAAGCCCGAGGCCAUCAAAAUUUUGUCUGGGAUCAGUCAGCCAGUGGUGGUGGUAUCCAUUGUAGGCAUGUAUCGGACAGGGAAAUCCUACUUGAUGAACAAGCUGGCCGGAGCUCAGAAAGGCUUUAACUUAGGUGCCACCAUUCAAGCUGAAACCAAAGGAAUCUGGAUGUGGUGUGUUCCUCACCCCUUAAAAAAGGAUCACACUCUAGUUCUCCUGGACACUGAAGGUCUGGGGGAUGUAAAGAAGGGGGAUAGCAAAAAUGAUACCUGGAUUUUUACCCUCGCUCUCCUGCUAAGCAGUGCCAUGGUGUAUAACAGCAAAGGAACCAUCGACCAGGAUGCCCUAGAUAAAUUAAAAUUUGUAGGGGAACUCUCCGAGAUGAUAAAGGUGAAAUCAAAGGACAAUGAUGACGAGGAGCAGAUCUUUUCAAGACAUUUCCCCAUUUUUAUUUGGGCAGUGAGAGACUUCCAUCUGAGUCUGGAGAUCGAAGGGGGACAGGUGUCAGCAGACGGCUACCUGGAGAACGCUUUAAAGCUUAAAUUGCCUGAAAAGUCACCGAAGAAUAUGACAUAUAAUAGUACGAGAAUUUGUCUCCAAAUGUAUUUUGGAAACCGGAAGUGCUUCGUGUUUGAUUUCCCCACCACCAAUAAAGAUUUUCUUCAGAGACUGGAGGAAGUCCCAGACAGUGACCUCAACAGAAACUUUGUGGAUCAGUGCGUGGAAUUCUGUGAUUACAUCUGGAACAAGGCCGAUACAAAGAGAGUGAAUGAGACAGUCAUGGUGACCGGACACAGGUUGGGUGAGCUGGCUAAAUUUUACACUGAAGCUGUAAGCUCCUCUAAGUUUGCCUGCAUGGAGGACGCCAUGGUUUCUCUGGCUGAGAAGGAGAACAAAGCGGCUGCCAAGGAAGCGACACGGCACUAUGAGGACAAGAUGAAGAAAGUUGGGUUGCCCACAGAAACUCUUGAUGACUUCAUGACUCUGAGCAGUCAGUAUGAGGACGAAGCUCGGAAAACAUUCCUGAAGAAGUCCUUCAAUGACAAAGAUCAGCAGUUUCUUGAGGAAUUUAUGGUGAGAUUUUUUUGUAUUGGGUAUAAAAAAUAA